CCUCGCCCCCCGGGAAGUCCCGGGCCCCUGCCCUAUGUCCCGCAAGGCGAGCGAGAAUGUGGAGUACACGCUGCGGAGCCUGAGCAGCCUCAUGGGCGAGCGGCGCAGGAAGCAGCAGGAGCCAGACGCGGCGAGCGCGGCCGGGGAGCGCAGCCUUCUGGCGGCCGCCGAGUCGAGCGCCAGCCUGCAGAGCGCGGGCGCGGGCGGCGGCGGCGUCGGGGACCUGGAGCGCGCGGCGCGGCGGCAGUUCCAGCAGGACGAGACCCCCGCCUUCGUGUACGUGGUGGCCGUCUUCUCCGCGCUGGGCGGCUUCCUGUUCGGCUAUGACACCGGCGUGGUGUCGGGGGCCAUGCUGCUGCUCAAGCGGCAGCUCAGCCUGGACGCGCUGUGGCAGGAGCUGCUCGUGUCCAGCACCGUGGGGGCGGCCGCCGUCUCGGCGCUGGCCGGCGGGGCCCUCAACGGCGUCUUCGGCCGCCGCGCCGCCAUCCUGCUGGCCAGUGCCCUCUUCACGGCCGGGUCCGCGGUGCUGGCCGCGGCCAACAACAAGGAGACGCUUCUUGCCGGCCGCCUGGUCGUGGGGCUCGGCAUCGGCAUUGCUUCCAUGACAGUGCCCGUGUAUAUCGCCGAGGUCUCCCCGCCCAAUUUAAGAGGUCGCUUAGUCACCAUCAAUACCCUUUUCAUCACCGGAGGCCAGUUCUUUGCAAGUGUUGUUGAUGGAGCCUUCAGUUAUCUCCGGAAGGAUGGAUGGAGGUACAUGUUGGGACUUGCAGCAAUUCCAGCAGUUAUACAGUUUUUUGGCUUUCUGUUUUUACCUGAAAGCCCUCGAUGGCUGAUUCAGAAAGGACAGACUCAGAAAGCCCGUAGAAUUUUGUCUCAAAUGCGUGGUAACCAGACCAUUGAUGAGGAAUAUGAUAGCAUCAAAAACAACAUUGAAGAAGAGGAAAAAGAGGUUGGCUCAGCUGGACCUGUGAUCUGCAGAAUGCUGAGUUAUCCCCCAACUCGCCGAGCUUUAAUUGUGGGUUGUGGUCUACAAAUGUUCCAACAGCUCUCAGGCAUUAACACCAUCAUGUACUACAGUGCCACCAUUCUGCAGAUGUCUGGUGUUGAAGAUGACAGACUUGCGAUAUGGCUGGCUUCGGUGACAGCCUUCACAAAUUUCAUAUUCACGCUCGUGGGGGUCUGGCUUGUCGAGAAAGUUGGCCGCAGGAAGCUUACCUUUGGCAGCUUAGCAGGUACCACUGUGGCACUCCUUGUUCUUGCUCUGGGAUUUCUGCUGUCUGCGCAGGUUUCCCCACGCAUCACUCUUAAACCAGUCGUUCCAUCCGGACAGAACAGUACUUGUACAAGAUACAGUUACUGUAACGAAUGUAUGUUGGAUCCAGACUGUGGUUUCUGCUACAAGAUGAACAAAUCAACUGUCACUGACUCCUCCUGUGUUCCAGUUAAUAAGGCAUCUACAAAUGAGGCAGCCUGGGGCAGGUGUGAGAAUGAAACCAAAUUUAAAACAGAAGAUGUAUUUUGGGCUUACAAUUUCUGCCCUACACCAUACUCCUGGACUGCACUUCUGGGCCUUAUUUUAUAUCUUGUUUUCUUCGCACCUGGAAUGGGACCAAUGCCUUGGACUGUGAAUUCUGAAAUAUAUCCCCUUUGGGCAAGAAGUACAGGAAAUGCAUGUUCAUCUGGAAUAAAUUGGAUUUUCAACGUUCUGGUUUCACUGACAUUUUUACACACAGCAGAGUAUCUUACAUAUUAUGGAGCCUUCUUCCUUUAUGCUGGAUUUGCUGGUGUGGGACUCAUUUUCGUCUAUGGCUGUCUUCCUGAGACCAAAGGGAAAAAAUUAGAAGAAAUUGAAUCACUCUUUGACAACAGGUUAUGUACAUGUGGCGCUUCAGAUUCUGAUGAAGGGAGAUAUAUUGAAUAUAUUCGGGUGAAGGGAAGUAACUAUCAUCUUUCUGACAACGAUGCUUCUGAUGUGGAAUAAUUUUCAGAUGCUGAUUUAUUUAGGUAUUUAAACAAACCUGGGGGACAAAAGCAGCAAUUGGUGACCUCAGUGCCCUGCUUUUAAUCUGGUUCUUUCCACAGUCUAGUUUUGAAUGACCUCAUAAUCUAGAAUAUUUGAUUAGGAGGAAGAUACAACCAUGAUGACAUUUUUUUUUCACAAGCAGAAAUGUAAAACAAUAUUUAGAGAUUUUAAACUAAUAAUUACUGAACAAAUGUAUGUAAUUCCUUCCUGAGGUAGUCUAAAAUGAAUAUUGUAUCCAGUGACUUCAGUGGUAUCCUUUUUUCCUAAAACCAUAUAUAAUUAUUAGUGGCAGUAGAAUCAGUGCUAAUCUAGCUUAAUUGUAUGAUAUACUUAUGAAGAAAGAUUCUGGGAUAAGAUCCGAGGGUGUUUUCUGUCAAAACAUGGCCUGUUGGCCCUAAAUUUUCCUAGGGACAAGUAGCUUAUCCGUGAUCAGCUAUUAGAAAGAUUCUGUUUAAGCUUUCAACAAAUUCAAAAGUACCUCAUACAGAGGCACAAUUGUCCUUAUCUCCUGUGGAUUCCACAUUUUGGUCUCUCUCUCCAAAUCAGAUCUUGAGAGUUCAGAAACUGACUCUGCACAGGACCCUUUGAACACUAUGAAAAGCAGGUCUUUUAGGGUUUAUUUUCAUACAUAUUUUUUGCAUUGGUGAUAAGUAUACAUUUGCACAGAUAAGCUAGCAAGUUUUGAUAAGUAUAUUUUAUUGCUAGAAAGUAAGAAAGAAAACAUUUUUCUGGAUCCCUGAUUUUAGUCACUUAGGUAUGCAACUAUAAACACAAAAUAGCACCAGAUCUUUGACUGUGUUUCAGGGUUUCUGUUCAUGCCAAAAUCUCCUGAUGCUUACCAUGCCUUCACUCAUCGCCUCUGGAGUCCUACUAUUUGUGCCUUCAUUUGUGUCAAUAUAAAUAGCUGCCAGCAGCCUAUUUUCCCCCUUCUUUUAAUUGAGUAAUUCCUGAAGCAAAAAAGAAAGAAAGAAAAUCAGUGACAGAUAAUCCAGCGGUUACUGAUGUUUUGUUUAAUUAAAUAGUGGGACUUAUUUUUUCCUUAGUUUUUUAUUAACUCUUAAGGGAACUGUGACAUUACUUAAAAGUACUAGUCUUUUUUUUUUAAGAACAUAAACUCAUUUUU